CAUACAGACCCCCUGAUUCUUGAAGAACCAGUCUCUUUCUCCACAAAGUCUUUGAACAAUUUUUUUUAUAAAAAAAAAAUUUCUUCUUGUUUUUGAAGGAAUUAUUGUAAAACCAACUUGGGAGUAAGUUGCGAGCAGUUCUGUGUUAAGUCAACCAUGGGGAAGACAGAACAAUUGCAGUAAGAAGAAAUCCAAAUCUCAAGCAUUUGGGGUUGUGAACCGCAAACCAGACAAGAGAGGAGGAGAAAAUGGCGGGUGGCUCGUUCGGUCCAGCAGGCGUGGCCAAAGAGAGAGCAGAGCAAUACCAAGGAAAGGUCACAUGGUUCGUCAUCAUAGCUUGCCUUGUUGCAGCCAUUGGAGGAUCCAUAUUUGGCUAUGAUAUCGGAAUCUCAGGAGGGGUCACGUCCAUGGAUGAAUUCCUGGAGGAGUUUUUCCAUUCGGUGUAUGAGAAAAAGAAGCAUGCCCAUGAAAGUAACUACUGCAAGUACGAUAAUCAAGGGCUCGCAGCAUUCACAUCAUCUCUUUACCUUGCUGGUCUGGUUGCAUCUCUCGUUGCAUCUCCUAUCACCAGGAACUAUGGCCGCCGAGCAAGUAUCAUCUGUGGUGGGAUCAGUUUUCUGGUGGGAGCUGCCCUGAAUGCUGCAGCAGUGAACCUAGAAAUGCUCCUUCUGGGUCGGAUCAUGCUUGGUGUGGGCAUUGGAUUCGGAAAUCAGGCAGUCCCGUUGUAUUUGUCGGAGGUAGCGCCGACCCAUCUGAGAGGAGGUCUAAACAUGAUGUUUCAGUUGGCCACGACUCUCGGAAUCUUCACGGCCAAUAUGGUGAAUUUCGGCACACAAAAGCUCAAGCCUUGGGGUUGGAGACUCUCUCUUGGUCUGGCAGCAUUUCCCGCUUUUCUGAUGACAGUGGGCGGUUUUUUCCUUCCCGAGACUCCCAACAGCUUGAUCGAGAGAGGGUUGACAGAGAGAGGCAGACGAGUGCUGGAAAAACUCAGAGGAACAAGUGACGUUAAUGCAGAGUUUCAGGACAUGAUAGAUGCUAGCGAGUUGGCGAAUUCUAUCAAGCAUCCCUUCAGGAACAUUCUGCAGAAAAGAAACCGGCCACAACUGGUCAUGGCUAUUUUCAUGCCCAUGUUUCAGAUUCUCACUGGAAUAAACUCCAUCCUCUUCUACGCUCCCAUUCUAUUCCAGAGCUUGGGAUUUGGAGGAAACGCUUCACUUUACUCAUCAGCCCUCACAGGAGCCGUUCUUUGUUCCUCCACUUUGAUUUCCAUAGCAACAGUAGACAGGUUGGGGCGACGAGCCCUUCUCAUCAGCGGCGGAUUACAGAUGAUCAUUUGCCAGGUCAUAGUUUCAGUGAUCUUGGGAGUGAAAUUCGGAGACAACCAAGAGCUAUCAAAGGGUUAUUCUGUCGUGGUGGUUGUAUUCAUUUGCCUCUUCGUUCUAGCGUUCGGAUGGUCGUGGGGACCUCUUGGUUGGACCAUCCCGAGUGAAAUAUUCCCACUGGAGACUCGAUCAGCUGGACAGAGCAUUACCGUUGCUGUCAAUCUUCUCUUCACUUUCAUCAUUGCUCAAGCUUUUCUUGCUCUCCUCUGUGCAUUUAAGUUUGGCAUUUUCCUCUUCUUUGCCGGUUGGGUCUGUGUGAUGACCAUCUUCGUUUAUUUCCUAUUGCCUGAGACCAAAGGCGUGCCCAUUGAAGAGAUGAUACUCUUGUGGAGGAAACAUUGGUUCUGGAAGAAGGUACUACCUGCAAAUGAUGAAGAUGAGAGCAGCAACGUUCAAAGCAACUCAGUUCAAACAGCUUAGGCUUAGGCUUAGCACCAAACUGUUCCCUCUAAAAGAUACAACACUUCAAACUUCGCAACCUCGAUUUCGGGUUUUCCUUC